CAAUUUUAGUGCUGAUUGCUUUGGUGAUGUCAGUAUCAUUCCAUUAUGUUCAAAUAGUAUCUAAGAUUUCAUUUGAUGCCUAAAGGAUAUGGACUUUUGAUUCUGCCCAGGGAUACAAGCAUUAGCUUUGUUAUGGGUUGAUCAUCCAGCUACUAUUAUUUUCCAUCCUGUCUGGCCAGUUCACAGUGGAAAGGGAAAGUAGCAUGAAAAAAAUAUUCAGCUAGCAUUAAGAGUAGUCAGAAUUUACGGAAUAUGUAGAUUUCAUUUCUCUCUUCUUCAUGAGCUGAGAUGACUGAGGACGGAUGUUAUUGAUUUUUUUUCCCCUAAAACAUUUCCUUUUGACUUCUCAUUAUAUUUGUUUCAUCUUUCCAAUCAUAAGAUCUGUUUAUAUGGAAUAUUUAUGUCUACUCCCAAGUUUCUAGUGCUUUCCAAUAUUUCAGGUAAAAUUAGUGGCUUGUAUGUUCUAUCUAAUACUCAGUUCCGUCUUAAAGGUGGUACAGUAAGAGCUGGCUUGAUGGAAGAAACUUGUCAGUGAUUGUACUUCAUAUUGGAAGUAGAAUCUGGAGUCAAGAUUUUCCUACUUUAAGCAGUUUUGAUGGCAGAAAGAAGGAGCUACUAAAGAUGGCAAGACUACCAGGCAGUAAAAGUGGGAGUGAGUAAGAACAGACGGUGGAAAUGAAAGCGGUUAAUACACUCUCGAGUUGAGUUAACGCCCCUCCAAAGUGCUCCCAUACUGCCUGUACUAAUCUGUAUUUUACUAUCUACUUAGCUGUUCUACUUAUGACUGCCUUAGCCAUUCUUUCUCCAUUUCACUGCUAUAAAAUAGUACACAAGAAGGGAAUGAACCAUUUUUGAGCUGGAAAUUUAUUACUGGAAAACUGAUUGGUGUUUUCUCUUGCAGAAGGUCCUACAGUGUAGGGGAAGCAGUGGAGGAACUUGUGGGACCUGAUGGACAAAAAUGGGCCAAUAUGGAUCCAGAAGAACGAAUGUUAGCAGCUGCUACAGGUUUUACCCAUAUCUCUGCAGUGCAGGGUGAGGGAGAUGUCAGGAGAGCAGCCCAGUCCAUCCUAUAUGAUCCCUACAGUAAAGCCUCAGUAACCCCAGGAAAGCGACCUGCUCUUCCUGUGCAAUUGCAUUACCCACAUAUAGAAAGCAAUGCCUCUUCAGAAGCAGUCUCAGAGGCCUCCCAAAGACUCCGAAAGCCCGUGAUGAAGAGAAAGGUACUGCGUCGAAAGCCAGGUGGGGAAGUAUUAGUGACGGAUGAGUCCAUCAUCAGUGAAUCAGAGUCUGGUACAGAAAGCGACAUGGAUGUCUGGGACUUAAGACAGAGGCUGAUGAAUCUGCAGUUCCAGGAUGACAGGGAAUCUCCAGUUGAUAUUUCACAAAAAUUUAGUCUACCACGUGAAUACCAAGGAAUUUCUCAAGAUCAGCUCAUCUGCUGUCUACGAAGAGAAGAAAUGGGCCCUCCAGCUUAUGAACAAGACCUGAUCGUUGCCAGCCGACCCAAGUCCUUUAUUCUCCCAAGGCUGGACCAGUUGAGCCGAAACCGGGGCAAGGUAGACCGGGUAGCCCGCUAUUUUGAAUAUAAACGAGACUGGGACUCCAUGCGGUUACCUGGUGAAGAUCAUAGGAAGGAAUUACGCUGGGGUGUCCGAGAGCAGAUGCUUUGUCGUGCAGAACACCAAUCCAAGCCUCAGCACAUAUAUGUUCCAAACAAUUACCUAGUACCAACUGAGAAGAAACGAUCUGCCCUUCGUUGGGGUGUUCGUUGUGACCUUGCAAAUGGUGUGAUGCCCAAGAAGCUUCCCUUCCCUCUUUCUCCUUCUUAAGUCUUUUUUUUUUUUUUUUAACCUGUCUCUCCUUUCACAGCAUUGUUUGGGAUAACCUGGUUCUUAACCUCUCUCCUUUUACUUAAAUAGAAACAACUAACUCAAAAGAUCAUGGAACACAGAGUAAAGACUUCACCCAUCACUGGUCUUUCCUAGGUGUAUGUCACAUUGGUAUCGGAUACCACUUAACUUCCAAAUUACCACUCAUAUCUAGCAAUUGCAAGAGGAAACAUUCCAGAAAAAGAAAAACAGACCUGGUCUUUCUGUUUUGUCAGACUAGUAAGCAAAGCCAGCACUAUUUCUGUUUUAUAAACUUGUUACCUUUGGCCAAUGUGAGUUGCUGUUUUUAUGAGUGUGUGUUUAAAGUUGCUGGGCAGUAAGCUUAUCUAUUAAAGAAUUUUGGAAA